AUUGGAAAAUGUCUGAUAAAGAAGCCAACAAGGGAAAAAUUAACGGUAGCCAGUAUAGAAAUACAAAGGAAAAGUACGAGAAAGUAAUCAUUGUGGAAGAGGUGAUCGAAGAAUUAGAUGAUCCUAAGAUAAACUUGGAAGAGAGAGAAUUAAAGAAUAACUCUAGAACAAUGAAGAUGAUCAAUAACAACACCCAGAAUAUACAAAUAGACAAGAUCCUUAAGACAAAGGAAAAAGAAGAAAUCAGGCUAAACAUUGAAGAUUCUGAUGAAUCCAUUAUUCAGGUUGAUGAUGACCAGAGCGAGUAUAGGAAGUCUCAGACUUAUAUCCAAGGAGAGGACUUAGGAGAAAUCUCUAAGGAGACCCAAUUGAAAAUAAGAAAUCUAACUAAGAUGGCAAAGAACAAAUUCCAAGGUUCUAAUGAACCUAGAGAGAAUCAGUUCACCAUCUUACCUUCAUUGGGUAAAGAGACAUAUGGAUUUAACAUCAAGGAUAGCAGAUUCAUAUUCAAUAUCACAGCGGUGAUUAAUUUCUUUAUUCCUGCUGUAGGAGCUUUUAUCGGCUCUUAUUUCCUGACUUAUACAAUGUCUGCGAUUCUAGGAUUGGUACUAAACGUAGUAGUCUUUGUGCUUACAGCCGAUGAUGGAGUGCUUUGGGUAGACACCAAUAUUCCAACUGAUACUUAUAAAAGAAUCUGCACUAUUCCAGCCUCAGCAAAUAUUAUCUACGAGGAGUUGAAAACUGGUAGCGAGGCUCAUAAAUAUGAUCUGAUGCUGAAAAGAGAACCGUACAUCAUCCAGGAGAAUUUAGAUGCUCAUUUGAAAUUUAAAAAGGUUACUUUUGAACUUCCAGAAACAUUCCCUUUUAGCGAAUUAUUUGCUAAUAGAGUAUGCUAUGUCAAAGAGUACCAUGGAGUAUCCGAAGACGGAAUCUGCCACAUAAUUUCACAAAGAGUGGAAUCUCCUCAAGAGACUAGUUCGAUUGAUGUAGAAAUAACUUCUUAUGAGGAAUCAUUCACAAUUAUCCCCAUAAGCGGGGCUGAAUCAAAGGUUAUUUUCAUCUCCAAAAUGAAUUAUGGUGGUAGCCUUGCUAACUUCUUUCUAAAUAAGAUCUCUGUGGAGAGGCUCAAUCAUCUGCUUUGUAUCAAGAGCUACUUUGAUGAAAAGAAUCAGGAGAAAGUGUACGAAACCUUUCGAACUGGCACCAAAAUUGCCCAAGAAAUCAGCAAACAGAAUGGCAAAGAUUUGAACCAAGUUGAGAUCGAAUCUGAAGAAUUAGUUAGCUAUCAAUAUGAAGAGGUGAAGCAUCUUGAUCAAAGUGACGAGAAAGUCCCAGAUGAGGAUUCUAUAGAGGCUUGAGCUGAUAUAGAUGAAGCUUCUGAGGUUCAGAGUAUCAAUGAUAGUUAUCUUGACCUCACUAAUACCUUCCAAAAGUCAAAUCCUUUUGCUAACCAUACUAUGAUCAAUAAGACCCCAAACGACACGAAGAGACAUACCAUCAACGGCACUCGGAACUACAUUCACAAGAACAGAAGCAACCAGAAGAAGACAGCAAUGCUCAUGACAGAGAAUGUCCCUGAAGAAGUCAUUUAUGAAGAAGUCGGAGAAGAUUUUUAGUAGAAUUUAGGAUCAGCAUAGUGG